GUGAGCGCGAGGCGUCCGCCUGUGGUGCACAGAGGUCACUACUUAUGUUGGAUUUUUAACUAUUCAGAGAAAGUUAGUCCACCAUUUUUUAUUUUUCAAUAGAAGGUCAAAAUAAACCGGGUCCAUUGCUUCAAAAAAGUUUGCAGUUGUUUGGCGUUUACGGGACUGUACGAAGUGUAAAAUCCCUAAGGGCGGUUGGCCUGCGCAUGCGUAGUGCAAUCCUAACACUGCACUCAUAAACAUUUUUGUUUCAAUCGAAUCCACAAUCACCAUUGGAUUAUCUCGUUGAAAGGAUUACGUGACUCUAGCAUGCGGUGACGUCACUCAUAGACUAAUCUGAACGAACGCUGUGGAACGAUAAUGGCGGAAUUGUACGCGAAAUACAAUUGCACGUACUGUCAAGAGGACAUUACGGGCUUGCGUGUAAAAUGCGUCGAAUGCCAAGAAUUCGAUCUCUGCUUACAGUGUUUUUCUGCUGGCGCCGAAAUUGGGCAACACAAGAACAACCAUUCGUACCAAUUUAUGGACUCUGGCACCAUCAGUAUAUUCAGUGGACGAGGAAAUUGGACAGCACGAGAGCACCUCCGAUUACUGGACGCAAUUGAACAAUUUGGCUUUGGUAACUGGGAAGACAUAAGCAAACAUAUCGAAACACGUACUCCCGAAGAAGCCAAGGAGGAGUACAUGGCGAGAUACCUAGAUGGAAACAUCGGUAAACACACCUGGCCACCAACAGAAACUUAUAAACCAAAUCUCACGGAUCAAACAAGCUCUGAUCAUGGACCACUGUCACCUGAUCUGACAUCUAGACUCCCUCCCUUGGAUAUAACGCCCGAAGAAGCUGCACAAUUGGGAUAUAUGCCUCAGAGAGAUGAUUUUGAAAGAGAUUAUAAUCAUGAGGCAGAGUCACUAGUUUCUUCACUGUUCUUAAAUCCAGCCGAAGAUGAUGACCUUGAUAUUGCUCUCAAAUUGGCCCACGUUGACAUGUACACAAAUAAUUUGCGAGAACGAGCAAGAAGAAAACGUGUAAUUCGUGAUUAUCAACUAGUAUCGCAAUUUUUUGCCUCUUCGAGGAAGGAAAAGGGCAUUAAAAAGAGGCAGAGUAGAGAAGAAAAAGAUUUUAGAGAACGUCUGCGUGUAUUUGCUCAGUUUUACACAGCCCAAGAGUAUGAGCAAUUUUUAGCAAACUUGGAACGGGAGCGUGAACUAAGAUUACGACUCUCUGAACUUUAUCGUUACCGGGAAAAUGGAAUAACAAGACAUGAAGAGUGCACACACUUCGAACAAGUAAUGGUGCAAACACAGGGCUCAACAGAAACAGGAGAUCACUGGAGUGACAAGAAAUCUGGCAGCAGUGGGCCGUCCACACCAACACUCCGCCACACCUCAAAAAGAAGAGACGAAGAAAAAAAUCACUCUUCCAUCGACCGAAAGUACAUGUCAAAAGAAUCAGCCAGCAGCUCCAAAAUAGUCAAUCACAGUCGGACGACGACUCAAGCCAAUCAGCCGGUGGAGCUGGAUAGCACAUCGAAUUAUUUAGUACAAAAAUCUGGUGGCUCAUUAUCAACCAAAACGUCAGACAAAAGGGACAUAGAGGUGGAGGCUGCAGCUCAUCUGCUUACCAAACAGGAAAAGUCCUUGUGUCUUCAGCUUGAUCUCAAGCCCACGCAGUAUUUAACGCAAAAAACCUUGUUGUUGCAAGAAUAUCUGAAUGGUAAUCGAAAAUCUGCAAUAAUUCCUCAGUCAGAGCCGGAAAACAGGAUUCUUCAUUACCUCGUAACGAACGGUUGGAUUGCAGCCAAUUAAUUUCACUCAUACGUCACCCACCUCAAGCCGAGUAAUCCUUACCUCUAAGUGAGACCAAUAUCAGCUUGAUGAGCUACAGUAAUUAAAUCAUAAGAACAAUUAAUUUGAAUUUUCCUCUGCAGCAGAUUUUCAAAAAAAACAUAACUGAGGUAGGAGUAAAAAAUGGGUAGAGAAGAGUUCGAAACUUCAAUAAGAUACGUCCGGGAUUGUGAUUAAGGAUAAUAAGGAGACAAAUAAAGGAGAAAAACAAAGUUGUGAUUUCAAUUCUGCGGUGGAGGCAAACAAAGUGAAGGCUUUUUAUAUUUUUCUCGAGUACCAUCGAUACGAAAUAAGAUCGAUUUCUGGUACUCUUUUUUCCCUCUGUACUCCAAUGGAGAUGAUGGAUGAUGGAUUGCAACAAGGAAAUGACCCCUAAAAAAACUCACGCUUAUUAAAUAUUUAAAUACAAACUAAGUAGAAACAAAAAAAAUUUCGUGAUGAAUUGAUUUUAUAUUCUAUUGAAAUUCAAAUGCCAAUAGAUUUACAAAUAAGUAGUGAUGACGAUAGUCAUUGUGUACAGCCACUCGACGUCAAGAUUGUAUAUAAAUUGUACAAUGAAAUAUUAGUUCUAAUUGCUAGUAUAAAUUUUAAUUGUAAGAAUUCCCCAAAUACUUUUAUGAAAUUCGUUUAUAAAAUUCAUGUGUAAAUGUUUGGGGUAAUUCAGCGAUGGAAUGAGAAUCUUCUCGAUGUUAAUUGAAUCAGAAUUUUUCCAAAUCCAUUAUUGUGUAAUUAAUCAAUGGUUUUUAGCUAUUUUUGGUCCCUCAAAUUUUCAUUGUUCUGAGACUGGUAAUUAAAGUAAGCUUGUAUGUAUUCAAGCGGUAGAAGAAUAAUGAAUGUCAUGAUGUUGCAAUCGCGACAGUACCUGAAUGAGGGAAGGGUGUUCAUAAUAUUUAAUGUUAGAACAAAAAGGGAAAAAAAAUCAUGUAUCAUCUAUUUUGAUCGAUCUGAGAAUGACACUUUCAGCCAACAAUCAGAUGUAUAAACACAUUAAAUGGAUUCAGAAAUUCUAAUUAUAAUAACACAAAUUGAUGGCCGAUUUGUCUUACUUGCUGUAAGAUUGAUUGGAAAUUGUGAACCAAAUUAACUUGUUGUAUAGAAUGAUUGAAAUAAAAUCGACAUGUGUCAUUUGA